ACGCUCAACGUGCACGUCAUCCAGUCCCGCAAUCUAAGACCACGUGACAUCAAUGGCCUAUCAGAUCCAUUCGUCAAAGUCUACCUACUUCCUGGUCGCGGCCAAGAGAACAAGCGUCGUACCCGUCACAUCUCGCGGACGUUGAACCCGGAGUGGCACCAGACGCUGAUGUUCCAGAACGUGGCCCGGGGAGAGCUGCAGAACAAGGUGCUGGAGAUCACACUGUGGGACUACGACAGGUUCAAGACCAAUGAUUUCCUGGGGGAGCUUAUCCUGGAGCUAUCAGAGGAGGGUUUCCUUGACAACAAACCACACUGGUACCCUCUAAGAGACCACGUACCUUGUGCCAGUUUUGAACUGCCAAAGUCGAGCGUCCCGCCUCCCUACCAUGCCAUUGAUGCCAUAGAACCACAGGAACCGCCACAAGAACUGUCAAAACCCAGCAAAAGAAGCAACGGACGCUCAAAGAAACACGGGUCUGGGGAUCACCAUGGGUCCGACUCGCAGAUGGGGCCCAGAAGAAGAUCCCUAGGGACACUUAACGAUGACCCACAAGAAUGUCAAGCGCCGUCUCCAAGACAUCAUCGCAAGGCUGCUUCCGCUACGUCAUCUCCGGUUCCUAAACGACGGUCACGUGACUCGAAAUCUCCGAACAACCGCUCAAAUGGUGUUCCACAUAGGUGCGAGGAAUCAACAAGCCCUGUAUACGUGGAAAUUGAAAGUAUACCCGCUAAGAUUGACUAAAUAAAUACUUGUGAAACUUGAGUUGUUGAUAUUUACUAGACGUCUAGCAGCAGAGUGAACGGAUAGCUUGUUUCUCAUGGGUGUAUAGGUACCAUCUAUGGGCUAGAUGUAGAUAUUCGACUAGAAAGCGGACUAGAUAGAAUAAUAUCAUGGACAUAGUUUCAGCAAGUGCCAAAUUUAUCAGUGUAUGGGUGUAUGACUUCAUUAGUGUUCCUGAGGUCAAGGUCAUCAG